AGAGACACCUCGGUAGCACUUGGUCUUUUAAAUGGCAACAAUUCAAGAUACUGUUAUAUCAAACUCACUUUCCUCUUCCUCUAGGUUAUUAAACGUGUUGGAGGUCAUCGCCCCGUUCAAGCACUUCAACAAACUCCGGGAGUUCGUUCAGAUGAAACUUCCUCCUGGGUUUCCAGUUAAACUAGACAUCCCCGUCUUCCCCACCAUCACAGCAACCGUCACCUUUCAGGAAUUCCGCUAUGACAAAUUUGAAGCCUCUACUUUCGUCAUCCCGUCUGAAUACAAAGAAGAUCCCAGUCGCUUCCCCGACCUCUGACCUGUCAACACGUCUGACACAAACAGGAAAUGACCAGCGGGUUAAUAUGUGCGAGACAAAAAAAGAGGGAAUCGUGUCAUGUUUUAAUCUUAUAUAUUGUAUCCGUUUAAAAAAAAAAGAAAGAAAAAAAAGGUAACUGGUGUUAUUGAUCAGUUAUUGUUCAUUUUUGCUGAAGGAUCCAAAGUGAAUUGAUGCAAACGGAUGUAACUCGAGCGCCAUCUUACAAAUAGAUGCUUAUUGGCAGGUUUUUUUUGUGAAAUGAGUGAUAGCUUUCGUUGUAUUAGCUGUUCACCACCUGAGCACCUCAAUGCGCUGCUCCAUGCUGCUGUAACUUCCUGUGAAACUGUCAGAAGGCAGUCUGGACUCCUCACCACCACUGUUUUAAUAUCUGCUCUUAUAUCCUCAUCUCUUAUAAGACUUAUUACUGAAAUGUCAUUCUUUCAAAACUGCACUGACACUGUAAAUAAUUCACUUCUCAUCUGUAAUUCAUAAGAUCACAGAUAUAGCUAUAUCCUCAAACUGAGCUUAAUAUUCAUUUAUAAAUGAUGUACUAUAUAUAAAUGUAUAAACUCAAAAGUAACACUGUGUAGCAAUAUAUUUCCACAAAUGUUUUUAACCAUCUGGGGGAAGGUUUAGCAUAACAACACAUUAACAGUUUCGAUAUCCAAUCCUUUUCCCCACUGCAGGAAGCAAGGUCCUGUGCGUUCAGGUUAGCUCAUGUUACCUCUCGGCUGUCUCCAUGUUUGUCGUGAAAGAAAUCUGUGCUCGGUGUGAGUGGAUCAUUGUUCUGUAGCAACGGUUGUUGUGUGUCUAUUUGUGUGUGGGAGAUGGGUUAUCAGGUAAACUGUUCUUAGUUUAAUACUGCUCUGAUAUUAAGUGUAUUUAAGGCAUGCAAUGGCUGUGUUGGCCUACUGGAUCACAUGCAUCUUUAAGCUAUAUUCUCAGAGCGAUUUAUUGGUACCAAGAUUAAGGAAAACUUGGAACACUUUGUAACAACUUUUAAGUUCUUACAAAACCUCAUUGAUGGUAGCGUUCAUUUCUUUCUCCUUUUAAAUCCAAUGAGAUUAAACUAAACUGUGAAGUUGAUAUUGCUGGUGAAACCUGAACAUGUCCAGAUGGGAAAUAAUAUGAUCCAUUCAGUUGUUUCUGGCUUCAGCUUAUAUGUACUGCAACCAUACCUACUUCACGUCCCUUUAAAUAAAGCACCAGCAUCACGUUUCAACCGACUUUGUGCAAGUACAAUAAAAACACAGUAUUUCAUGAAA